AUGGUCAGCGGCAUGUAUCUGGGGGAGAUUGCAAGGCUGGUUCUCGUCGACGCGAUCGAGGCGACGGGUCUAUUCGGCGGUGCUACCCCAAAAGCAUUCCAACAGCCCUAUUCUCUGGGCACUGAGGUACUAUCCAUGAUAGAAGAAAAUGACUUCACCAUGUUCGAGACGGCCCUUGCGGGAAGCUCAGCGCAUACAAUGACAACACCCGACCGCUCGUUUCUGCGUUCUCUUGCCGGGGUAAUCUCCCAGCGCUCCGCAGCGAUAGUAGCAGUAUCAAUUCACGCAAUGUGGGAGCUUCGGCAAGAGGCCCUGGAGGAACAAACCGUUGCCCCCUACUGGACAGGCAAGGCAGAUCUCGAGCUUGAGCAGACGAUUGUGGCAUUUACAGGCAGCGUCAUAGAGAGCUAUCCCGGCUAUUUAGACAAGUGCCAGCGGUUGGUGGAUGACCUCGUAACUGAUGGUAGCGGAGAUCAAGUUGACAGGAGUCGGAGGGUUCGUUUCGUUCCCGCCAAGGAGAGCUCGCUCUUGGGAGCCGGCGUUGCAUUGGCGGCAGCCAUUGAGAAUUAG